ACUUUCUCUGGAUCGCUUUUGCACAGCCGCUCUCCUCCUCCUCCUCCGUGCCGUCUUGCUGAAAUCACCCCGGCGGUGUCCUGGUGCUGAGCGCCUCCCCCCUCCCGACAUUUGAUAUUGUCUGCUGCCUGUGCGGUACGUCGCCAUGGCGGACACCAUUUUUGGCAACGGGAAUGACCAGUGGGUGUGUCCGAAUGACCGGCAGCUAGCCCUUCGGGCCAAGCUCCAGACAGGGUGGUCGGUUCACACGUUCCAAACUGACAAACAGCGGAAGACGCAGGUGCUGAACUCGAAGGAGAUGGAGGUCAUUUUGGAGGUCAUCCAUCGGGCGGAGAAACUGGACGUUGUGGAGCAGCAGAGAAUAGGGCGCCUGGUGGAGCGCCUGGAGAACAUGCGGAAGAACGUGAUGGGAAACGGCCUGUCUCAAUGCCUGCUGUGCGGGGAGGCCCUGGGCCUGCUCAGGAGCACGGCGGUCUUCUGCCAAGACUGCCAAAAGAAAGUUUGCACCAAAUGCGGCAUAGAAACCUUGGGCGCCCAGAAACGUCCGGUCUGGUUCUGUAAGAUUUGCAGUGAACAGAGAGAGGUCUGGAAGCGCUCUGGAGCCUGGUUCUACAAAGGUCUCCCCAAGUAUAUCUUGCCCUUGAAAAGUAGCACCAAAGGCCACGAACCUCACCUGAGACCACACUACGUGGAGCCGGCGGUGCUGGACCUCAAGGGCGUCUCUACAAACCGCUCGUAUACCUGGGCCAGGGGGAGAGUGGUAUCCAGCGAUAGCGAUAGUGAUUCAGAAUUCAGCUCCUCAAGUCUGGAUGACCGCUCUGUGUCUGCAGGCUCAAAGGGGUUCAAGAUCCGAAAACACCGAACAGAGUCAGUUUCCAGUAGCGAAGCGGCACGCAUCCCCAGCGGGAGCACCAGCCGCCCCUUGGGGAACGUUUUGUCGGAGAGUCAGAGCAGCCUGGGGAGUGAGCGAGGCGGGGGGCUGAGCGCCACGGAGAGCUGCCCCGGUAACCUCCCUCCUGAAGACGCCAAUAGCGACACCAACCGCAGAGUCUCAGGGAAAAGACGCCUGCCGACAACGCCCCGGUGCUGAUGGGAACCGGAUGUCUCGUGUCCGAGAUGUUUUUUCCUACCAUGCGGACCUCGGGGCUGGACCGCCGCCUAGGACUCUGGGGGAAACGUGGCCUCAAUGACCCCACCAUACCAGUGCAGAGAUGGUUCCGCCACCGUGGUUGUCCUUCUGUUUUCUCCCCGUGUCUCUUUUAUUGUUCCUCUUGCUGCCAGAUGAAGAACCGGCCCCGUUGGAGACGGGACGAGGUGUUUUAGGGAGGAAGGACCUAAGAGGGCUGCGGUAAUCCCUCUAUCAAGCUUUGGAUAUCGGAGGAUUCAGGCUCGUGACAGCGUGUGCUGAGGUUCCGGCGCAUCGGCCCAGCUCCAAACGGGAUUGCUGCUUG